CCAAAUCAUCGCGUUAAUGUAUUUGAAAGUAUAAUACAGUACAAAUGGGAAGUACAACAAAGUAUGUCUUCUUAGACUUGUUACCUGUUUCAAAAUUUUUAGAUUCACGAAUCUGUUACGCGUUUGUCAACGCAUAAAGCGGAAACAAGUGUGAUGUGUGAACUCAGUAGGACGAAAGGGGGAGAAAAAAAACGUCUCUUAGACCUAAAAUGCCGCUAGAUGUCGCUCAAAAACAACGAUUAAAAUAAAUAAAAUAUAUUCGGUUUUCACGAGAGGCUGCUCAAGCCGCCUCCAACUACAUGCAACUGAAAAAGUGAGGCCUUUGCCUGGAACGAGCGAUGAAAAGACAUUUAUGACAACCCUUACCCAGUAAACUUGCGAAGUCAUUUGACCUUCCCCAAACCUUCGAAUGCACAUUUACAACUGUUCAGCGUUUCAGUUUUUUGGGGAAUUACUUGCUGUUUUACAACAAAGGGCCUUGGCUUCAUCUUGGAAGUUUCACCCGAAAGCCUAGCAACCUUUUGUGAGCACUGUAUACUUUGUAUGACGGAACAAAUCAACAUUGUACUUUCUGAACCGUUUCUGGGCCUCCUCCCAUCUCGCUGUCACGUGACUGCACGGAACCCAGUGCAGUGGUUAAACGAGACACGAAAGGAGGUCGGGGUGAAUCCGUCGGGAUUAGAUACGGGUCAGCAUAGUUCGCACCUUGAGCAGAUCGAUGGCCACCCACUGCAAACACCGACACACCUACAGUUCACUUUAGGAACUUGACAAGCAUCGCCUCACAAUGGAAUCCGCGACGGAAGAGUUGACCUGCUCUGUCUGCAAAGAUAACUUCAGCCAGUGCCACCCGCUUCCCUGCGGUCACAGCUUCUGUCCUGCCUGUGUCCGAGAGGCCUGGACCACCCACGGUGAGGGCAAAGGUCAUUUCACCUGCCCUCAGUGCGUGGAGGAGCACGGCGAAGUGCUGUGCGACUGCUGCUCCCCGGAGGCGGACGAAGGGCUGGUGCACCUGGCUGUCAAAACGUGCCUGCGGUGCGAAGUGUCUCUAUGUGCGGAACACCUCCGGCACCACCUGGAAAGACCCGCGUUUAGCACCCACUUGUUGGUGAAUCCGCUGGGCCAACUGUCUCAGCGAAAGUGCCCCGCACACACGGAGCUAUUGCGCUACUACUGCGCCGACGAGAGGGUUUACGUGUGCUGCGACUGUCUGCUGGAGGGAAGCCACGUCCAGCAUAACAUCAAGGGCCUAAGACAGGUGGAAGAGGAUCUGAAGGUGAUUCUCCAGACGCUGCUCGGAAAGUCAGAGGAGAAAGUCAAGAACGGAGAGGAAAUCCUCCAAGAGUAUGCCAACGUUGAUUCCACCGUUGCGGACUGUCUGAUGGAGGAAAAUACCCAAGUGGAGCGCCUGGGCUCGGAGCUGCAGGUCCAAGUGGAGAAACUGGUGGCGGGGCUCAUGGAGCUCACCAAGAAGGACAGACAGCACAUCAUCGAGCGUGUGCACGAAGACUGUUCCAAAGUGAGAGAGGACGUGAGCCAGACGAUGAGCAUCCAGCACUACUUGACCUCGCUGCUCGCAGAAACCGACCCCUUCCUGCUCAUCUGGGCUUUUCAGUCUGACGACACAAAGUUACUCGCUGACCUUAGUAGUCCCCUUUUCACACCAGAACCUGUCAGCUUGGACAGGAAGCACAUUUUGGAGGAGAUGGAGGGCAAGUAUCGAGAAUUUAUCACCGCCACCCUCCGCUGCCUCAGCGAGCUCAAGAGGGAGCUCUUGACAAGUCAUCUGACUCUGGACACCAACACAUCUCAUCCUCUUCUGAGCAUCUCCGAUGACCUGCGAUCGGUCACCAGGGUCAAAACACGUCUGCCCUGCGCAGCUCACCCGGAACGCUUCGACCACUGGCCGCAGGUCCUCACACUUCAGAGUUUCUCGGCCGGGACUCAUUACUGGGAGCUAGAAGCCGAAGGAUUCUGGGAUAUCGCUAUCUGCUACAGGAGUAUCGGAAGGAAGGGGAAGGAAGGAAAUGCCUUUGGUAACAACGAGUUUUCCUGGAGUUUGACCCAGCAACAUGACAGCAAACUGGCCGCUUGGCACGACGGCAAGAAAACGCGCCUGGCAUACAAAAUGACUGGCAAACGAGUUGCGGUCGCUGUGGACUACGGUGCGGGCACCGUCACCUUCUCUGACGUGGGACCAUCGAACAACCUCACUCAUGUCCACACUUUCUGCACCACCUUCACUGAACCGCUGUCCUUGGGCUUCGGACUUUAUAAAUCGGAGCUCAACAGCCAUAUUUCAAUUGUCAAAGUCUGAUGUGAGCGGCGGCCCGGUGGUUAGUGCGUCGACCUCACAGUGCAGAGGUACCGGGUUCUAUCCCAGCUCCGGCC